AUGAGUUUAUAUAGGUUUUUGUUACGAUGCAGCAUAAUUAUAAUUUUUGUUGUGUUUUUUUUUUCAGUGACGAUAUUCUAUUUUACAGCCUUCGCACUAGUACUUGGCAUGACAUAUAUGUGUGCGGAGCUGUUUAUAAAACAGUACACGCAACGUUUAGACUGGGAUCAAAACUUAUGUCCAGUUUUAAAAGGCAUUACAGUAUCCUUAAUUUUGCAAUAUACCUUAUUUUGUUUGCUGGCCUUAAGAUACGCAGGUGAUGGUGCGCGAUAUUUGAGCAGCAGCUUCGCGAGCACACCAAUAUGGUCGGUCUGCAGUCACUUCGUCAAUAACUCUCACUGCAUGGGCUCCAGAAACAUCCUGCAAUAUUGUGAAAAGCCACGCCCCAGAGAACUCCUUACAUUAAACGUGACAUCUGUGCACAUAUAUUACACGGAAUACAUGAAAAGUAACUUAAGAGGCGCAUGGACGUGGAGAUUUUUUGUCGUUGCUGUAAUGUGGGUACUUAAUUUUUGCCUCACGACAGUACCUGACAGCGUGAUAUUGAAGUUUUACAAAUAUUUAGUGCUGCUGAAACAUGUCUGCAGUAUUUUAACCUAUGCGUAUCUAGCAAUUUCUACCGGACGAGCAGAGCAGGCUUUUCUUCAAUUGAUGAAUAUAAAUGUAAACAUUACAAUUUUAGAUCAUCCGUGCAACACGUGCCUUGGACUUAAUGAUGUCAAAUAUUUUCAGGUUGACACAGUAACCAGGGUCGCACUGGUUUAUGGUGUAGGCAUGAUCGGCGUCCAUGAUUUUGGUAGUACCUCGCCUUUUACAAUGACUGACAACGCUGUUAUUAUAUUUACAUUAUUGUUUAUUCUACUUGCCUCACUAAGAUCUAUGUCUGUGAAUAUACUAUUAUUUCAACUAAGCGACUGCGUAAACAUUCACAGUGACGAAGUUAUAUCUUGGCAUUAUAUAUUUUUUGUUUUAUUGCCGUUAUCGACAGAGUUCUUAUUUGGCCAGAAACUAAUUAAUAUAUCAAUAUUCUUGCACGUGCUUCUGUCGUUACUUCCAUGUCUAGUAAGUGUGUUAUUUAAUUUUCUUAAAAAUUUAUAUUUAAUUCAAUCUGCAUUAUGGCAACGUUUCAAGCUAUCUUUUCGCAACUUCGUGCUGGCGGCGGGGUUAGAAAGAAUAUCAGAAACACGAAAAGCAGCAAUACUUAUUAACUGCGUUGGCCACGAAGCGCAAGAAUUAUAUUUUAAUGUCCUUAAAGUGGAAGGUAAGGACAAGCUGGAGGAGGUGAUUGAAGUUUUCGACGACUACUUCAAGCCGAAACAAAAUGAAAUUAUAAACAGAUACAAUCUUAACAAGCGGAACCAAGAAGAGGGAGAAACAUUCGAUGCAUUUUACACAGCAAUAAGAAAAGUAGCGGAGAACUGCAACUUCGGGGACCAGAAAGAGAAGAUGCUUCGGGACAAGAUUGUUAUUGGUGUUCGGGAGCAACGUAUCCAACAGAAGCUACUGGAAAUCAAGGAUCUCACUUUGGAGAAGGCCAUCGACAUCUGCAGGUCUGCGGAGCUGUCCAGAGAAUUUGUGAAGACCCUCAACAACCCGGAGGGUGUUGGCGAGUUCAAAACGCCACUGCAACUGCGCAUUCGACCGGACGCUGAGCCUGUGGUGAGACCUUCACGGCGGGUACCCAACUCCCUGAAGCCGCGCCUCGCGGACAAACUGGCGGCUCUGGUGAAGCAUAAAGUCAUAGCCAAGUUUCAGGUGUUGUAUUCGUUAACGGUAACCAGAUUACUACAUAGUGAAUUUCCUUCAAUAAAGUUUAUUUACAUACAAGGACUAAUUUGCCUUUUUGGGUUUUCCAUGUCUGUUCCAAUUUUAUUGGUCGAUCAGUAUAUUAAUGAAAUACGAACCGGAUUAAUUCUUGGAAUGAACCUAACCAUAUUGUACUUAGGAGGGUUAAGAAUGGCUAUUAUCAUGUGGAUAUACGGAGUUAAAGAAUUCUCAAAAGAUAUUAACUUUUGGCUCGGAUUUAGCCCUACGAAGUUCUGGACUGUAUGCUGGUCUGUUCUUCCAGCGAUUCUAUGGGCGUAA